AUGGUUUCCCAGUCAUCUGGUGAAUUUAUAGUGUCCAACUUGACCAUUACAACGAUUCCCGUAUGUUGGGAUGACCCAACACAUGCAUCCUGUGUUCGUCAGCCAUUAAUGUCUGUCUUCAAUGGACUUGGUAAUCAAACCCAAAAGCGCGGAGACGAGAAACCAAAAACAUCAUUUCUGCUGGCAGUUAACUUUGCAUUGGAUGAUGACAUGAGGUAAAAACGCAUGCUUAGUAAAUUCCAUUUUCUAUUUGUCGCUGCAGUAGAAUAUGCACGGACUAUGUCGUUCGGAUCCGUGAACUGAACAACAGAAUAAAUAGGCAGAAUAUGUUGGAGGUUUGAUGGCUAAUCAAUAUCAAUAAUUUAUUUCUAGUCAGUUAUGUUCAUCUUUAAAUCUGAUAUAGAUCGUUUGAAAGGACGACUCCUAUUUACUUCCAAAAGCUAGUAACUGAUGGUACUGAAGCUGCUGGGGACUACCUUGAAGCUAAAAGAGACAUCUUCCUCUUCACGUCCACUCAUUGCCUGCCUCAUAUAAUACGGAUGAGUCAAUGUGUUAAUUCUGCCAACCUCGCCAAGCAUAUGGACUAUUUCAGGGAUCACCUGGUUGGAAUGUCUCCACGACUGCCUGAAAUCUAUUCAAUUUAUCGCCUGUUUGCGCACGAGGUAACUGAUACAUCCCACCUAUAUAAGCAAUGAAGUGAUCACAAAAUGUUUGCCUUCUUGAACUGUUAAAACAUAGUAUGUAUUCAAUAUAUUUUGAAAUUAUAUAGUCUCGGACUAUAAAUCACGCUUAUACUUAUAGCCUCGUUCAAUAGUUGACAAAGAUUAUCCUGAUGAGAUCUGAUGACGGUUAGUGAAAUUUUGACUUAUUUUAAAGUAAUUUAAUGUACAACGUUCUUUAUACUUUCAGAUAAUCAGUUUAGUAGAUAACGAAGCAGUGCUCAACACACAAGCUUUUGACGAUUUUCUCGAAGCACAUUUUCUGCCCCAUGUCAAGUCAUUAUAUGCAACAACAGUCAAAGUGCACACCAACCUUGAAGAUAUCAUGAAGCUAUUGGUUCAAGCCAUUGAAUCGAACGAAAGAAAUGAAGCCGAUGUAAGUUGUAUUAAAAUUCGAAAUACAUACCUCGAUCACCAGUAUAUAGAAGGUUGAAUAAAGGUUGUUCGCGUGGUUUGAAGCCGGGUGGUCAAUAUAUAUGUAGUUUUUGCCUCGUAUAACAACUGUGUACGUAGGCCUGUUGUAACGUUAAUUAAUUACUUAGUUGUUUUUUUAGCUUAGGACAUGGAUGAGGCCAACAGUUGUCGCAAAGGACAAGACCGUAUUUAUUGCCUUUGUUCUCCCAAAGGCCUUAAAAGAAGUCAAAGAUGCUGGCCUCACGCCUCCAACUGAACAGUAG